CCGUGUCCCCUGAUCUUGUGUCCAGCCACUGCUGGGUCCGACUCCGUCUGGCGAGAACGUUAGCGGGAUCUUGUUUUGAUUAAAGUUGACGGAUCUUUUUCAAUUUCAUAUUUUAUACCCUGUAUUGUUUGUGUGGAAGUACAGGAUAUAUACUGUGGUUCCCGAGUACUUAUCCGUUGGCUGUUUUUUCCCCGCACAUCACCGAAAGAGAAAUAAACUUUGGAAUUAACCGAUCUCAAAGUGGAGAGGAGCAACUUUUCCAACAGGCUGACCUAUGCUAAGCUAAUCAGCUAAGCCAGAAGUCUGGAAUGCAGUUGAAAUUCCAGUUAAAAGUCCACAAAGGAGCGCACGAACCGUCCGUUUCACUAUUCGGUGACUAUAUGAGAUUUACUAGAGACUCUCACAGUGAAAGCUACUCCGCGGAGCCUCUCCGUAUUUGGUCGGAAUGGACGCUGCAGGUGCACCUCUUGAGGCACCUGCGAAAACUUGGUAACUUGAGAGCUAACUUUAGCCUUUUCACGUUAGCAUUCAGCAGAACCAGACAGUGUUUUGUGAUAGCUUUAAAUUAAUUUAGCUUGGCAGUUAAUUGUUAUUUUUCGCUUUACUGGCAUUAACCAGGAGCUUUAAAAAGCGUCGUUAGCUAACCCGUAUUUCGGCUAACUUAGCCGGCAACCUCGCUAGCUAGUUAUUGACCCUCACACUUGUACCGGAGUGGCGACGUGGAUACAGACGCGCUCUCCCACGGGACUUUGGACACAGUUUGACCACGGCGUGGAGUGCACAAGGAUACCCCCUCCUCUGUUUUCAUCGGAUAGUGUCUUAUAUGUGACAGCAUGAGGAUUUCAAAAAGUUACAAGUUACCUUUUUAAAGUUUUCAUUUUGUCCAAAAAGCGCUGCACCCUAUGGUGUCGCUACGGCCACCGAGAAAUGGAUGUCUCGCAGGCCGCUUUCCCAAACGGUGAAGGGCGGCCGGGCGGCGGUGGGACCGGGGAACAUGCUUGGGCAGAGUCCCCCUCAGUUCGGGCUUGGGCUCACUCUGCCCCGCUGUGCCCAACUCGAUCCCUGUGGACAGCUGCUUAUGACUACGAGGCGAGCGGCGAGGACGAACUCAGCCUCAGGCGAGGUGAUGUAGUAGAAGUCCUGUCCAAGGACGCUGCGAUCUCCGGGGACGAGGGAUGGUGGACGGGGAAAAUCAACCACAGGGUAGGGAUUUUCCCUUCCAAUUAUGUCACCUAUCAGCCCGCUAUAUACCGUCUCCCAGCUACAAGUGUGUCGACGGGGGUACCAGAGCGAGUCCCGAGCUCGCCCGUCCAGAUCCCUUUUAGUGAACUGGUAUUAGAGGAGAUCAUAGGCGUGGGUGGAUUUGGUAAGGUUUACCGGGGCACAUGGAAAGAUCAGGAGGUCGCUGUGAAGGCGGCUCGGCAGGACCCAGAUGAAGACAUAACGGCAACCGCCGCCAGUGUUAAACAAGAAGCUAAACUUUUCUCGAUGCUUCAGCACCCCAAUAUUAUUAAACUGGAAGGGGUGUGUUUGGAGGAGCCUAACCUGUGCCUGGUCAUGGAGUAUGCCCGAGGUGGGACACUGAACCGGGCGCUGACCGGAAGGCGAAUCCCUCCACACAUCCUGGUCAACUGGGCUGUGCAGAUUGCACGCGGGAUGCACUAUCUACACGAGGAGGCCGUGGUACCCAUUAUCCAUCGUGACCUGAAGUCUAGCAACAUUUUAUUACUUGAAAAAAUUGAGAAUGAUGACAUUGGGAGAAAGACCUUGAAGAUCACAGAUUUUGGCUUAGCCAGGGAAUGGCACAAAACCACAAAAAUGUCAGCAGCAGGCACCUACUCCUGGAUGGCACCAGAGGUCAUUAAGUCAUCUCUCUUCUCCAAAGGCAGUGACGUCUGGAGCUAUGGUGUCUUGCUGUGGGAGCUGUUAACAGGGGAGGUGCCGUACCGUGGAAUAGACGGCCUUGCUGUUGCUUACGGCGUGGCAGUUAAUAAGUUAACCCUACCAAUCCCUUCCACUUGCCCCGAACCCUUCGCUAAGCUCAUGGAAGAUUGCUGGGACCAGGACCCCCAUGUGCGUCCCUCAUUCUCCUGCAUCCUGGAGCAGCUUUCAGCCAUCGAAGAGGCGGUGAUGGCCACCAUGCCUCAGGACUCCUUCCACAGCAUGCAGGACGACUGGCGUGUGGAGAUCCAGGAGAUGUUUGAUGAGCUCAGGACCAAAGAGAAGGAGCUACGUUCCAGAGAAGAGGAGCUGACGCGAGCCGCCCUGCAGCAGAAGUCUCAGGAGGAGUUGCUGAAGCGUCGGGAGCAGCAGCUGGCAGAGCGCGAGAUCAACGUGCUGGAGAGAGAGCUCAACAUCCUCAUUUUCCAGCUCAACAAAGACAAGCCCAACGUGAAGAAGAGAAAAGGCAAAUUUAAACGUUCCCGCCUUAAACUGAAGGAUGGGAACCGCAUCAGCCUACCCUCAGACUUCCAGCAUAAGAUCACCGUGCAGGCUUCGCCCUCCAUGGACAAAAGGCGGAGCCUUCACAGUACCAGCUCCUCUCCUCCCAGCAGUCCCACACUUAUCCCUCGUCUACGAGCCAUUCAGCUGACAUCCCACAGGCCGAGGGACAGUUUGUAUGUUUACCAACAGGAUGUUGAUUUGACCAGCGAGGUGUCAGCCUACUCUGGGUUCAGGAGGAAAGUUACUCAAGAUGAGAGCAACCGUACGUGGGGCCGCAGCUCCCCCUUCAGGCCAGAGGAGUUUGAUGACGUGAAAAAGGGAAUCAAGAAGAAAGGAAGAACCUGGGGACCCAGUUCAGUACAGAGCAAAGAGAGGCCUGCUGCCGCUCAGAGAGUGCGUCCUCUGUCAGAUGGCAGUAACCCGUGGUCCACCAGCCUGGUGAAGUCCCAGAAGUCUGUCCCUCUUGCUGCCCUGUUUGCCGAACAAGCAGGGAACAGUAAAGAUGAGACUUUCUCCCAGGAAUGUUCUGACAGCAGCUCCAAACCAAAGCAGCUCAAGUUCCCCAACCAGGUGUACAUCGAUCUACCUCUGUGGAGGGACGAGCAGCAGACUCAGAUUUGCCCUGGUGGAAACUGCGGGACAGGAGAUGCUGGAGUGGGAUUAGCAGGUCAGAGCGGCCAACCAGAGACUCCAGACGACCCAUAUACCACCACAUCCACUUCAUCCACCUCAACUACCCCACAGCUUACACCCACCAACAGCCUGAAAAGGACAUCGGGUCGCCGCAAGACUGACGCUGUGCUGUAUGGCUGCGGUUCGCUGCUGGCUUCGGUUGUGCUCGGUUAUGACAUCAGGGAAGCCCUGAAAAACUCAGCUGCUGGCGAAGACUGCGAGCCCCCGAAAGAGGAGAAAGAGAAGAAAAAGAAAGAGGGCCUGUUUCAACGCGCAACCCGUUUCCGCCGCAGCACCUCACCACCAAGUGGUCGCUCCCGUAAAGACGAGGGAACGUCAAACCACAACUCCCCCCAACCUGUCAAUCUUAUUUCCAUGUCAGCCAUCAUGGAGUACAACUCCACCAAGUGUCUCUUACAGUCUGAAGCGGAGAUGUCGGAGUCUAACCCUGUGAAGGCUGAGCAUGUGGCUGUCAAUCAUCACACAGAGCCAUCCAGAUGCAGCCCAGCAGCAGUUCCAGAAGGCCAGAGUAACAAGACUGCAGCUAAAACGCAGACAGCGGUGCAAACCCAAAGCCAGCCGCCAGAGCAGACCAACCACAACCCAGCAGCACGUCUACGCAGAAAGAAAUACACCACCAACCACAACACCAAUGGCCUGCCCGCUCUGCCUCCUCCAGUCACACAAAAGAAGCAGGAGAAACAAGAGAAGGAUGGAGGGCCAGAGAAGCCCUCUGGUGGAGAGGCCUUCACAAGACCGCGGCCAGUGUCACUCAGGGCCAAACCCCACACCUGGGCUCUGCUGCGAGGACGCAACAAAAGCUACUCCCUGGGUCACUAUUCCGGAGAAAAGACGGCGCAGAACCUAAACGUGAUGCUGUCCUCAGAGGUAGGGAUGGGCUGCUCCCUGCUGGACAUGGACACCGAGGGCCAGAAACGAGACUGCACCGUGCCGCUCUGCCGCAUUCAAAGCUCUCCUGCACGGCCCUCUGUCUUUGAGCUGGACAAAGAGUUCCUCUCUUAGAAGUCUCGAGAAGCGAGCUGCUUGCUGGUGGUUGUAGCUUGUUGCUCACAGCCUAGAAUGUUCAGAACUUACACACACAGAACUCCUGGAGGGUUUAGAAGCAGGCUGCCUUUGUUUCUAUUUGAUGAAGUUCUAUACAGAGCGAUAGAAACGGCUUUGUCGCAGUUCUAGCACAUAUUCUAUGUUCUAGACUGCAGCAGAGUCUGAGGCUUUUAGAAAAUUCCUGAGUCACAGGUGUUCCAGUGUGUUUCUUUCUAGUACACACACACGGGGUUCUGAAACCAAGGCAGAACUUUCCAGAGAUGGAUCAGCAGCUCUUCCUGUGAUCAUCUCGGUGCUUGACUGCUGCCUUUGUUUCCCCAUCCUUUCCUCGCUCUUGUCACCCCCCACCCUUUUCCUUUCUCGUUCUAUCGGUGCAGCUAAACGUUGACCGCUGCUGCAGCUUUCUCAACACAAUACCCUCACCUUUUUAUUUAUAUAUAUAUUUUUAUAGGUAAUUUAAUAUGAAGAGACUUGACCUUACCUUAGAAACCAACAGGACACACAUUCCAUGUCAGUUUCAAAAAAGUGUGAUCACGCUUUUAGAUUUUUUAAUAUUUUUUUUUGACUUAAAAAUCAUGCAUGCAUGUACCCUUAAAACAUUGAACAAAAAUAUACUAUGCCUUGUUUGUAAAUAUUUCUUUUAAUCCUUUAUCGGCCUAAUGCUGGCAGUUUUGUUUUCUUUUAUAUGGCAUUAAUGCUGUUUCAUGACUGAGGCAGCAAUGCUGCAGUACAGUUUGUUCUUGGGCAAUAGAUUGGUGUUUUCGAAGAGUCCGUGGAGUAGUCGAGAAAUGUGUCUGUUAAUUUGUUUUCAUGAAGAAAAAUGUUUUCUUUUUUGUUUGUUUGUUUGUUUGUAUGCACAAAAACAUCUGCCACACAGUCUGAGGAGAGUUUAUGAUGAGGUUCAUGAUUACAAAUUGUAGUGUAGUCCACCCUAGGAAGGGGAAGAUGGUGGCAUUCACUUAAGAGACACGAUUCAUGUUUGUAUGGUUAAGAUUCAGACCAAAAUCUUAGGUUUAAACACAGAUUGUGGUUUAGGUUCAAAUAAAACAGCUGAGCCAUGUUUUAAAGCUCUGUUACACUUCCUUUUGAAACACUUGAGUUUUGCAGUCGGGGUUACUGUCACAUAUUUAAUUGCUGUCCGUGAGUACACAGGAACAGAUCACAUUUCUGGACUACGUCACGUGUUACCAUGAGGCCACGCUGUCUCGAGGUAGAUUACAUACUGGACCCGGGUAGAGAUGCAUGUGUGUUUCCACCCAGAAUUCCCUGAAUGCGGGUAGAAAACUGGAAGUCCUUCAAAGCAGACCUGGAAUCUUCUCGUUUAGGAGUUGUGGUCAUGUGUUGAUAAUAUGGAAUAUGGAGUAUUUAUAGAUGUUUUUUCUUUGUUAAAAUUGUCUUUAUUUGGCACACUGCAGCAGAGCGGGAGGAACGCAUCAGCCGUGAAUGUUCAUGUGAGGGAAAACCCAAAUAAACUGCUUGGAUGUUUAGGAUUUCUACAAAGCCCAUAAAUGUGCACACAGGAGAGUGUUUACUUACUGUUUAGAGCAUCAACUGCACAAAACUGCAAUACUUGUACUGUAAACCUGAUAAAUGUGUGCCUUUCAGCUUUGUCGUUUAAAAGCUCGGUCACUCAGUCAUAGAAAUCAGCCCCAGUUUGGUUGGUUUGAUUCUGUGAUAGCGCUGUUACAUGUAACUGGUUUUAACGUUUAGUUGAGUCAGGUUGUCGGUUGUAUCUGUUUCUCUUUGUACACUUUUUAUACAAUGUUAAGCAAAAGGUUUUUGCAUUUAGAAAAUAUUCCGAGUCAAGACACCGUUUGCCUUUCAUGAUCAUGCUAGUUUUCCUCAGUAUUCACAAAGGGCUUUGAAUGUUGAUUUGUCAACAUGUUUCUUCCAGACUUGUGUGAACUUGACAGUAUGCAGAGCUGAUAAUGAAGGAUAUAUGCUGGACCCAAUGCCACCUGUAAUUGUUUAGUAAGUAAAUUGAAUAUAAAAGUGGCCCACUCAAGUAUUCAUUUACUAAAAGAUAUGAAUUUCCAAAUGGUGUAAAUAUAACUGAUUGCUCAUGUGUAUCUCACUGUGGCAUUUUAUCAUUUCCUGUGUUGCUGUGUUUUAUGACCACUGAAUUCAGAGCAGCUCUAAACACUGUAAAGGGCCUUACUGAUCAUAGGGCUGUUAAAAGUGAAAUAAAUUAAGGGCAUCUUUAAACACCAGCAUGCACUGCUGCUAUAACACUGCAGACCUGAAACAUUCCCAGACACACAUGCCAAUAUAUUUUACAAACUGCAGCAAUAAUAUUCGUGAAUCCAGACACUGCACAUUCAGGCUGUGUGGCUACAGGACCAAAAUUCAGCUCUAUCAGCACUAAGGCCUCUCAGUCCUCAGGACCAAAACUACUAAAUGAACUAGCUGCUAGUGAGGAGUUCCUACAAAGAAGGCGACUCCACAUGAAAACGCCACAAAGAUCCUCAGUGUGAAGCACUGUAGCUGAAAGACCCACCGCCCUCCCAAUCAAAUGAGAACUUCCUGUUAAAUGCAGUGCUUCCUUUAAAUCACUGAACACGUGUCACGCUGACUGUGUCACAUUGAGCUUAGAGUACGUCUGUUUCAGUGAGCGCUGUUUGAUAUCAUUACAGUAUUUGUCAUUUCAUGCCUGAUUGAUGAAGAGUAUCCAGUUUAUCAAUGUUUUCAAUAAAGUCUAAGUCGAGACUA